CUUUGUUGCUGCCAGUCAUGGUUGUUGGGACGCUUCUACUCUCCGUAGCCCUCGCGGUUGGCGGUCUUGCCCAAAGUCCGAUCUACCGCCAGGACUACGCGUACCCUCAAUACCCAGGCUACCAAGCGUACCAGCCUGUGCCCACCGUCGCCCCCCCGUCCUACGUGCCGCUCUCCUCUUACUACCAGUCGGGUGUUGCUUCUCCGCCGGUGUACCAGCCAGCCGAGGCUCCGAUCGAAUCGGCGAAGCCUGCAUACCAGCCGGUUCAGUACCAGGCCACCGCAUCUCAGUACCAAGCGGCCCCGUACCAACCCGCUGCGCCUGUGUUCCAACCGGUUCAGUCUCAGUAUCAAGCGGCUGAGCCUCAAUACCAGCCAGUUCAGGCUCAGUACCAAGAGGCUCUGCCCCAGUACCAGCCGGUUCAACCCCAGUACCAACCGGCCCAGCCCCAGUAUCAGCCCAUCGAGUCCCAGUACCAAGCGCUGGACCAGUACGGCCAGUACACCUUCGGCUUCACGGGCGGAGACCUGGCCCGCUCGGAGACCCGCGGCGCCGACGGCUCCGUGCGCGGGUCCUACUCGUACGUGGACGAGGAGGGCUGCACGCAGACGCAGCACUACGUCGCGGACGAGCUCGGCUUCCGCGUCACGGGGACGAACCUCCCGCGGGCGCCGGAGGUCCCCGCGGGCGGAGCUGCCGCCCCCGUCUACGAGCCCCUGCCGACGCCCCAGCCCGUCAGGGACACCCCGGAGGUCGCUGCGGCCAAGGCAGCUUUCCUCAAAGCCUACAACGAGGCAGCCAUCGCCGCCGCCGAGGCUCCCGAUAUAGAUUAAUGGAGCAAACGACAGGGCCUUCAGCCUCCCGAAGGAUUUUUCCUCUUGCCAGCUGCCUCACCCUUGUUCUCCCCAGCAAGAGGCGUCUCGUGCCCAUAGAAACCCCGCCGUAGAGCUCCUGCGCCGCCUCGACUCAUUACCAGAGAAAAUAAGUGCCUGACGCUGUAAUCUUUUCAGCCACAAAUUACUGUACGACAGUGACAAUUAACAAACACAAGAUCAAAGCCUUCGACAGCAUAUCAAAUAAACGGGAUCUUGAAGCGCCAUCAAAAAGACCCGGAUGGAAGUAAAUCACGUACGAGAAAAGGCGUGUUUCCAAGGACACAAUCUCAUUCACAUAGCAAGGAAAAAAAUACUAUGGACAAGGCCAAGGACAUAUUUGUCACGGAAUCACAUACUAAAAGAGGCGGCCAGAUGUUGACGGCUUGAGAGUGAAAAUUGUAAAUACACACGUAUUCCCUUU